AUGUCUAGGAAACCAAGUGAUUUAGGUAACUUCGCUCAUACAGAUAUCAAGGGGAGACCGACGGUAUUGUUAAAGCAGAGCAGCAGCAAAAGAGUUGCCGGAAACAGGGACAACGCUGGAACUUACAGUUUUCGACUACCCAAGAGCUUAGGAUUUUCACCGGUGAGAUUUCUGAGGAGUCUUGGGGAUAAGGUGGCAAGAGUUCUUCAAAGGAUAUCUACGAGGGGGAGGAGGUCUUCCUCCAAAGUCUCCUCGUCCAACUCAAGGUCGAGGCCAUUGGCUGCAUCGUUUGAUUCUCACCGGUCGGAAGCCAUAGAAGAUUGCAUCGAAUUCAUCAACUCUUCUGCUUCUUUCCAGAGGUCCAAUUCCGUUUCGACAAAUUAG